GGUGCAAGGAGCUCAGGCAGCUACCAUACCUAGAUCUGUUCUCUCCAGGGUCCAGGAUGUCCUCUGCUCCUGGAGACCCUCAGCCUCCGCUGUGGGUGAUCACUGGAUCUCAUUCCUGGGGUGGAUCUGAGAAGCUGGACAGCCUUCAGGACCAGAAGUCUCCCUUUGCUGUGGAGUGGAUCCCUGAUCUGGCCACCUUAUCCCUGGAGAUCUCCAAGGAGGAGACCAUUAAUCUUGAAGACCACCCAUCUCUUGAUGAGGAGCAGCAGGGAGCCACAGACCCCUCGGUGGUGGACACCUGCAGGCAGCAUGGACAGCAGCUCAGCCUCUACUGCUACCAGGAGCAGAAGCUCAUCUGUGCCCAAUGCAAAUCCCUGGGCAGCUGCCAGGCACACAGGACCAAGUCGGUGGAAGAAAGGGCAUCUCAGAUCCGGAACAAGAUAGUCGAUCAGUGCGAGAAGCUGCAGCUACAGACGGCUGGGAUUGAGAAGUAUCUCGCCGACUCGCUUCCAGCCAAGAUCCCACGAGUGGCGAGCAGGGCCAGGUCUGCUCGCGAGAUGAUCAUCCAGCGACUGAACUUUAUCCGCAACGUGUGUGACAGUGAAGAGCAGCGCCUCCUGGAGGAGAUCCACGCUGAGGAGGAGCGGGCACAGCAAGGGGUUCUCACCCAGAAGGCCCACUGGACGGAGUCCACCAAGAAGCUGUCCGGGAUCAGGAACUACCUGGUGGACAUGUUGACCAAGAUGGACGACCUCAACCUCAUUGUCACCGAAAAUAAGAUGGAGGACAGAACAGAAGAAGCAGAAGGAAUUCUGGAACCUCAGGAGUCGGAAAAGUUAAACUUUAACAUGGAUUGUUGUCAAAGUCCAUUACUGAACAGAUUGUGGGCCCUGUCUGUCCUCUGCUACACCUCCGCUUGUGAAAGCCUCACGUUUGAUGAGAAGACCAUGAGCCCCCUCCUCGCCUUAUCAGACAACAGCCUUAAGUUCCUUCACAAGAAGGCAAAGAACUAUCCAGAUGGACCUGAAAGGUUUGACCACUGGCCCAACUGCUUGGCAGUAGAGUCUUUCCAGAAGGGCAUCCACAUGUGGAAGGUGAACGUGGAGACAUGUUGUGCCUACAAGCUCGGCAUCACCUACAGAACCAUCGCCCGCAAGGGCUCAGGCAACGACGCCCGGUUAGGAUACAACCCGGUUUCCUGGAUCUUCUCCCGUUACGACAAAGACUUCAGUUUUUCCUACGACUCUCAGCAUCAGACUGUAGAACUCCUGAAGGGUCCCAAACAAGUUGGCGUCUUGGUGGACAUGGACGCUGGAGAGCUGAUCUUCUUUGACCCUUCCUCUUGUGUCAUCCUGUACAGUCACCAGACAACGUUUACCUCUCCGGUCAGUCCUGUAUUUGCCGUGGCCGACGAGAGCAUCAGUCUCGAGAAGUGACCUGAGACGGAGGAGGUACUUAUGGGCAUAUAAGAGACUCUAGAGUUUUAUAUAAUGUAUGUGAAGUUGUUACAUACGUAAAAAGAGCACUCCACCCAAAGCUCAGUCUUCAGUUUGGAUUGGUUCUCCAGAAGCUGGACCAUACCUGGUGUCUAUCCAAUGGUUGGAUAUGGUUGGCCUGUCAUGGUCCCCUAGUGCCUUCCUUGUCUAUGGUUGGUGAUGUCAGACAUGGGAUCUCACCUUGGACCCCAGGAUGGCAUUGUAGCCAGGUCCAAGAUGGCCACGCCACAGAACCCAACGUAAAUCUUGUGUGACUCCAUGGGUAUUACCGCAUCUACGGUCCAUAGCUCUCAAGACCCCCCUUUUCUUUUUUACAGGAACAGCGCCACCCUUGUCCACAGGAUGUAUCUGGUACUGCAGCUUAUCCCCAAUGAGGUGAAUGCGGCUGAAGUGUAAUACCAGAAACAACCUGUGCACAAAAGUGGCGCUGUAUGCUCAACAAGAAGGGACUUAUCCCUGUUCAAUGCGGAACGUCUGAACGACUUUCCGUUGACAACAAUAAGAGGUGGAAUACGUGCGGUAAGUUAAAUGCUGACUGCAGCAAUGUCAAUAGGGCUGGCUGACCAUAUGACGUGUUGGGGGGGUGUCCCAACUUUCCUCCCACACCAGAGGAUCAUGGUCAUGGAAAAGGAAGGAUCGGGCUGUUGUAUUUCAGCAUGCCCUAUCCUUAGUUCUCAUGGGAGAUAAGACGCUGCCAGAUGUGUCUGGCAGCGGUUACUCCCCU